AUGAGUGAGCAGUGGAAAUCGCGUGAAAAUCUUUUUGAAGAGACUAAACAAGUCCUAGCUUCAGUUCAGGAAGAAAUAGAAGAAGAGAAAAGGCUGAGGAGUUUGGAAGUUGAACGAAAAGAUGAAGAGAUAGCUGAACUUAAAGAAGAAUUAGACAAGGCAAAUGAACUAUUGAAAUCGAAGCAUGCUGUUCACUUAAAUGUGAGUGAGGACGAACUUGCCGUUCUUUCACCAGCUGCUGUUGAAACAGCAAGACUACUUCGUGGGGGUCAAUCACUAACAAGUAUUGUG